UCGCCCGAUCAUUCUGCAGUCGAUUCGCUGGCGACGCGUUUCAUGUUUUUUUUUAACUCAUUAAUAAGAACAACGAUCGUAACGAUUUCUUUCUGGAAUAAGAGGAUACAUCCAGAAUCUUUUAAGUCUUCUUCUUUUUCUGGCUCGUUUCUGGUGUGUGUCCAUGGCGAUGUCUGGGACUUAAUUGACGAUCUCGUUCGGUCGUAAUAACCGCGCGACUUGCGAUCAUCUCCCGUUAAGUUUGCGGCCCGUUCCGCAAACGCGGCGGUUACGUAACCACACAAACCUGCGAUGUCGUGAGUAUUGAAAUAAAAAAUCUGUCAGGCGCGGGUGAAAAACGCUCUGUGAGUUCUAAGCCUACGUAUUACUUUAAAAGUCACAGAACACAAUCUUAAGUGUUCAGUUCGAGAUAGCUAGGUACUAACGGAAGAACUACAGACUUUUUGAGUAGUCAGUAUUAAAUGUAGAAACAUGUACCCUCAAAGAGGAUGGAAUGACGCAGUGCACCUGUACAUGAAUGAGCUGAGUGCGCGAGUUAUCGCUGAGACGGGAAUACCGUCUGACCGCUACCACCUCGGGAAACUCAUAUUGCGUGGGCUCCAAGAUGCACCGGAUUUCGUAUUACAAAUUGAUGCCGCCACAGGAGAGUCUGAAACUUGCGAGUCUGUGCUGAAAAGAAGCGUGCAAUGUGCGAAUGCGCUACGGAACUUGGGGUUGCAGCGUGGUGAUGUCAUAGUGCUUAUGGCCCCCAACCACAUCCACCUAUGUGUGCCAUAUUAUGCUGGACUCUACCUUGGGAUAACUGUUGCACUAAUCGACAGGACGCUGACUGUCAAGGAGCUUCAACAUGUAUUCGUUGUUGACAACCCGAAGAUAAUAUUCUGUCAAAGCGAGAGAGCCGCGGAAGUUGUAGCACUCACCAAAACUAUAAACUUGAACACUCAAAUUGUUACUUUUGACGACGGCGCUGAUGUUGAAAAUGUAUGCAGUUUCAAUGAGUUACUGAAACAUUCAGAGAAUGAUUGCAAUGUUAAUAAUUUCAGGGCCACAGAUUUUGAUCCUGAGGAAACCUUGGCCUUUCUUGUUCCUACAAGUGGAACGUCAGGGCUUCCUAAACAAGCCGCUGCCUCUCAUAGGAGUAUUGCGAUUGGUGGACCUUAUGCAUGGAUGAUGUUUACUAAGUUCCCGACACCAACUCGUUUGGUAAUGAUAAUUUCGCCAAUUCAAUGGACUUCUGCAAUAUUGCAUUUCAAUCUUUCGCCAAUUUUGAGAUAUACUAGACUUCAAUCUUCUGCGAACAUCCAUCAGGAGCACGCAUACGAAAUGAUCAAUAAAUAUAAGCCGACGAUAGUCCAGUCCAGCCCUACAUUUAUGACGACCCUCUUGAGGCCUGGUGAUAGGGACAAGUGUGAUUUUUCUUCCUUUGAGGAGAUCGGUCUUGGUGGCAGUCACGUGCCAGUUCAUCUGGUUAAUGAAAUCAAGAAAGUAGCUCCAAAUUGUCGUCUUCAUAUUGGCUAUGGAAUGACUGAAAUUAUGACUGCUGCUCUUUGCCCGAGCUCACAUAAUUUUGCGUCAGUUGGAACACCACUCAGCCUUUUUCAGUAUAGGUUGGUUGAUCCAGAAACUCUAGAAAACAUCACCGAUCCGAAUGUUAAUGGCGAACUAUGGCUAAAGGGACCGUGUCUUGUUAAGGGGUACUACGGCAAUCCAACAGCCACCAAGGAAGCUUUUACAGAGGAUGGCUGGUACCGGACUGGUGAUAUUUUCUACAGAGACGAACAUUACAAUUUUUACUUUUCGGAAAAACUGAAGUUGCUACUAAAGUAUAAAAAUCAUCAAGUCUCACCAACUGAAUUGGAAAACGUCAUACGUCAGAAUCCAGGUGUAUCGGACGUAGCAGUAACGGGUAUUCCGGACCCAGAAUAUGGCGAAUUAAUUGUCGCAUGUGUCGUACGGAAACCAGGUCAUGAGGUUACUGCGCAGGAGAUCAAAGACUUGGUAAAAAAUAACUUAGCCGAAACAAAACACCUAAGCGGUGGUGUCAUAUUUAUUAAGGAGCUGCCACUAACUGCAAGUGGGAAAAUACACCGACAAGCAAUCAAGAAGUUGGUGCUAGAAUUAGGACGAGAAUAAAGCAUUCUUUUGUUUAAUUCAAUUCAAUAUAAUGUUUACCACAAGAAGGCCUUUCAUUAAAUCGAGGAUCUGUCUGAUCUGUCUGUGAAAUGUGGGAGACUCUCUCCCAACUGGCUAUAGAUGAGACAGCAGAACUUACGAAUUCCUUUGUGUUUGUUAAAGAUCUUUGUAUAAUUAUAAAAAGUAGUGGAGUAAUUUCACAAAAGUGUAAGAAUAUUAUUUGUUAAUAUUUAAUGAAAUUAAUUGAAUUUCAAUGCUCUGAAACAGUCUUCUGAGUCAGCCGCAACGCUUUUCUCUUUGCCGCACUGAAGAGCAUGCUAGUGAAUAUCGCCCCGGUAUGCGACGAAAUCCACCAGUAUGCGCCGGAGUCCACCAGUGUGCGCCAGAGUUUGCCUGAAUACAUCGUGGAAUUUUUGACUGCGUAGUUGCUAGUAGAAGGAAUUCAAAUCUGAGCGACCGGUCACAUUUCGGCGGAUACCGCGGCAUUCCAGUGGAGUUUGGGUACGCUGGCGGACACUCGCGGUAUCGUAAGGGUUAUUUCACAUCAAUGUGGCGGGCAAAAGAUCCUCUUCAAUGUUCUCCCUCGCCGUCCGCCGAUUUGAGCUGGUCCUAACACUUAACUUGAGAUUGUGUUCUCAUGUCUAAUACAUGCUUCCGGACACAUAAUACGAGCCAUCUCGCAUUUUCAGUAUUAAAUGCCAUAAUCUUAAACAAUGUUUGUUUGUCAAUGUAAUAGCGAAAUAUUAUUGUAAUUUAUAUUAAUAAAUGAUUUUAGGAAACGUUUGUUAAUAAUUGUACAAUUUUUAACCCAUUUACUAUUU